UCAGUCCUUGCUAUCUAAAUCAAUUAAAAUAUGGGUGAGGGAAGAGGCAGUGCCAGUAGCACAAGUGUUGUUACAAUGCUACUAUUAUGUAUGUGUGUGUUUCAUUCUAAGAUGAUUUAUGCAGCAACAUACAAUGUUGGUGAUGCGCAAGGUUGGUCCUUUGGUGUUCAAAACUGGCCUUCAGGAAAAAGUUUCAAGGCAGGCGACACACUUGUAUUCAAGUAUGACCCUAGGGUACACAAUGUGGUAAAAGUGAACCAAAAUGGAUACAACUCAUGUGUGGCUAGUGGAGGAUCACCACCUUAUAAAUCUGGGAAUGAUAGCAUUACACUUGCUAAGGGAGCCAACUACUUUAUAUGUGGUGUUCCUGGUCACUGCGAUCUUGGACAGAAAAUUGCAGUCAAUGCAAAUUAAGCCUUUUACUAAUGUAUUGUAUUCCUGAAUAAAGUUGAGAAAUUAAUAUUCUUAAAAAUUAUACCUCUUUGCAUUGCAAUAUAUAAUGUGAUGCUAUCUUGAUACCUA